GGUAGCGACAGUAAAGAUCGAGCCACCAGCAAAACGACCGCCAACAUGAAGCUUCUGUGCAGUGUCCUAAUCCUCGCCAGCGUUCUGGCGGCCAACGCCAAGCCCAAUGUUCAGCUGCAGCUGCAGAGUGCCCUGGAUCAGUAUCUGGUGCACGCCCGCAAUCUGGAUGCCACCGUUUCCGCGGAUGUGACCACCCAGUGCUUCAACCUCUAUCUGCCCAUGCUGAACGAAGUGGCUGCCACCUUCUCCACUUCCUACCAGGCCUGCAUCAGCACCGCCAACGCCGAGACCGCCAAUCUGACCGCCGAGGCCGACAAGCAGCAGAAGAUCUACCAGACGGAGGUCACCAGCCUCUGCAGCGCCUUCACCGCCUGCAACAGCGACAACGACACCACUACCUUCUUCAACUGCUACGCCAGUGCGGCCGAGAGCGAUGUCUCUGUGAUCUACGACAUCGCCACCAAUGCCGCCACUUCGGCCAGCUCCUUGAGCAUGGGCAUCCAGGCUAUCCAGGCCACCGAGAACCAGUGCACCAACACCACGGAGAGUGACUACGUCCGGGAUACCGCUGCCACCUACGAUCUGCUGGACAGCUGCCUGAAGUACGGAGUGCCCACCACCACCAGCUCCACCGCCGCCCCCUCCUCAUCCAGCCCCGUUGCUAGCUCGAGCGGGGCUCCUGUCACUGAUGGCACCACUGUUGUGGCAUCGUCCACCACCGCUGCUUCCACCACUGUGGCUGUGAGCACCGCUGCCCCCGUAACCGCUGCACCCGUUACCGCUGCACCCGUAACUGCUGCAACCGUAACUGCUGCACCCGUUACCGUUGCACCCGUAACUGCUGCACCCGUUACCGCUGCCCCCGUUACCGUUGCACCCGUAACUGCUGCACCCGGAACCCCUGCUUCGGCAACCACGGCCGCUGCUGGCACUCCGGCAUCUUCUUAAGUCAAGUAAUCGCAAGCAAUAAAUGAGCAUUUAAAAAAAU